UCCAUAAAUGCAUUUCAGGAACACAAAGCUCCUCAGACCCAAUGUCCUUAGAAGGAAUAUCAUGAAACUUGAGAAAAUAUACAUCCUGUUUUGGAUAUACAAGUGAUGCACUUUGAUAGGAAACUUUAAAACAACACACUGUGAUCUUUAUGCUAGAAAAAAAAUCCCAAUUAUCCAUACAGAACUGGUGUACAUGAAGGGCUUUCUUUCAUGUGCUUUUGUAGGAGUUUGUUGUCUAGCUAGCACAGUUGAAGGUGGCUUUAAGCAGCAUUAAAUCAUCAGUGAAGGUGAUGCCUAAGAAAAUGUGAUUUGUCCAUGGUUUUCCAGUAGAACCCCAUGGUUGAGUGGGAUCCAAACACUGCUUUCCAGAAUGGUAGCCCAAUGCUUAGACCACUACACUAUGCUGGCUCUCAUCCAUUCCUGCAUCUCAACCACUUGAGGACUGACAGGAUGAGGCAGAUCAAGGAACGCUCACCUACAUCAUUCCUCCCAAAGGACACAGCAAACCUAUCAAGAAUACAUGAGCUGUUCUUCCUGCUCAUUGCCCAUGAAACUCUAAGAAUAAACUCAAUAAGCUUCAAGACAGGGAAUCAAAACCACCCAGUGUUUUUUCCAAGAAACAUCUGCCCAUAUUUCGAACCCAUUGGCUUCCCUCUCCUUGGAUUCCUAGCCCAAGGAUCCAAAGAUGAGCAUGGUUCUGGCAGUAGGAAUCAUCAUCCUAGUCUACAUUGGCAUGGGGGAAGCUGUGAGGUGUUAUGAAUGUAACAAAGUGCUACAUGAUAACAGUUGUGCGACACAACCUGAAUCAAUAUGUUCCUAUGGCAUGCUUAAUCUCUGUUACAAUCGAGUAAUCCGUAGAGGAGGUAGAAUCACAGAAGUGACACGGGGCUGCUCCUCUCUAUGCCGUCAUAUCAGUAGGAGAGAUUAUGAAGAUAUUAUGCUCUGCUGUGUGUCAGAACUUUGCAAUAAUCACGACUUCUAUAAUAAUUAAUAAUCAAGAAAAUGCAUACUUGACUAUAUAUGUUCAACCUUCGUUAUCAGGUGGAUUUCGACAAUCUUUCAAAGUGUUCUAGUAAUAAAUUGGUGCUGGUGCUCUUCCUCACUAGCCAAGUAGCCAAUUACUCAUAAUGGAAAUAAAUGAUGUGAGAAUUAUUCACAAUA